UCUUUUAAUUCGGCCUUAAAAUGCCGCUUUUCCCUCGGUGUGAGGACACUAACCCUAACCUAAAGGAAAGAAAAGAAAUGUUCUCCCAAGUUUUGCAUCAGGGGACAGGAAAGGAGGGGCAUCACCUUACACAUAAGCCAUGAGCGACAGCGACGACGAUGUUCCCACUCUGUCAGCUCACACUCUGGCUGCCCUGCAGGAGUUUUACAAUGAAACGAAGGUUGUUACGGAUCACAGCACAGCACCCACAGACCAGUUUGCUGUGGGAGCGGUGGAGGAGGACUGGCGGAUGAGCCAGUUCUGGUACAGCGAUGAGACGGCAACACAGUUAGCUGAAGAAGCGGUACGAGCAGCUGGAGAGGGAGGAAGGAUAGCAUGCCUGAGCGCGCCCAGCGUGUACCAGAAGCUGAAGCAGGGCGUGGUGGACGGUUCAGAUCGGGUGUCUGCCGUGGUGUUGGAGUACGACCGCCGCUUCGCCUCCUACGGAGAGGACUUCGUGUUCUACGACUACAACGAGCCGCUGUCUCUUCCGGACAGCGUGUCUCCUCACAGCUUCGACAUCGUCCUCGCUGACCCGCCUUACCUGUCCGAGGAGUGUCUGAGCAAAGUGACCCAAACCAUCAAGUACCUGAGCAAAGGCAAAGUGCUGCUGUGCACAGGAGCCAUCAUGGAGAAUGUGGCCAAAGAUCUUCUGGAUGUAAAAAUGUGCAGCUUUUUGCCCAAACACAACAGGAACCUGUCCAAUGAGUUCCGCUGUUUUGUCAACUACCCGUCCCGCCUGCUGUCCUGCUGAGGAGCCGGGCGUCCAUCAGAUCGACGCUUCGUUCCGAGCUCAUGGAGGAGGGACGACACGUGGACGUUUUUCAGCGAAAGCCAGCCGCAAGACACGUAAUUUUAAAGGGAGAACUCCAACCAUCUCACACAUGAAGAUCAGUGUUCUCUUCACGAAUACACCGAGAAUGUAAAAAAUAAUCCCAGUGUCUCGCCGUCAUCCUGAUGUCUGGGCUUUGGUUUGAUGACUGUAAGUUUGUGAUACAGACUGGUUGCGUGAACUUUUGAAGAUAUGGACUUUAUUUCCAGACCAAAGGUUGAACAAAAAGAUGAUAAGAGGCAUUAUGGUUCAUGUACGCUUCAGUGUUUUUCAUGGUUUAUUCAUACAAGAGACUAAAAGUUGGGUUAAUCACUGUUUUCAAAUGCUACACUGCUCGGGUAGCUUUUAAGUAAUAAAUCUGAAAGUCUAGUCCAUCUCAGGUUUUGAUACCAAUUCAGAGCAGAAUACUGUUAGUUAUUUAAUCUGACUAAAUCAUGAAAGACUUUUGGUCAGGUCAGCUCUGUCAGGUGGCAAAAUUAUCGAGUAAAAGAAAGAGUUCACGGGAAUAGAUCACCCCGUUCACCAAACACCCAAAAGGGUGAUGAGUACAUCAGCUGUUUAGUUUUAAACAGGCAAAAAAGAGGCAGCGGGAACAACUUUUAUUUUUUUAAACAACUUUUAUUUUCUAACCGCUCAGAAAGCACAGCUGUUAAACAAUCGGGCUCUACUGGGAAACAUACAAGUGUUACUUUCUUGUACAGUUACCCAGAUAAGUGAGGUAACAGUCGCAAAUAUUUGAUGUUUGCUGUUAUUAAAGUGUCUGAAUAACAUGAGGCGUGGGCUUGUUGCUCUGAUCACCUGAAAAAGUUGCAGUUGUUGUACAGCAGCAGGUGGCAGCAUUGAUCAGCUCAUUCAGAAGUGAGGCCCUCUGUUGUUGUUUGGUUUCAUUUUAAAAGGUCUGGAUCACCUAAAUAACAACUAGCUGCCAUUUUUUGCUGUAGCUUGUUGUGCAGAGGCAAAACUAUCUGCGUUACUUGAUAUGAGAGUUGCUAAAUAAAACAUGUGCUCUGUACUUUUGCCAGGUGUAGUAUUUGUCAAAGUUUCAUUCAGUCUGUUGGAAAUCUGAGUGUGUAUGUCCGAUACACAGACGGUUGCGUUUUAAUUCUGAACUCUGGCCCGAAGAAACCAUCUUAUUAAAGAUUAAACCAGAAA